AUAAUCAUAACUGUCAUUUGUUUUUUGGAACGUGAACAAACCAAUCACCCCCAAAAUCAAAUCUCAAACUCACCACACAAACACACACAAACUCACUCCAGAUUUGCACCAAUUCUCCUCAAUGCCUACGGAUCAAGCCGAGCUCAAUUCCGAUCAGGUUUUGCGGAGGGACAUCCCAUGGGAGACCUAUAUGACUACUAAGCUGAUCACCGGAACAGCUCUUCAGCUAUUAAGGCGCUAUGACAAAAAGAGUGAAAACGAAAGGGCACCACUGCUUGAGAAUGACGGCGCAUCUUAUAUCCGCGUUUUCAUCAACAUCUUGCGUGACAUACAGAAAGAGGACACUGUCGAAUACGUGUUGGCUUUAAUUGAUGAGAUGCUUACAGCAAACCCCAAAAGAGCAAAGUUGUUUCACGAUAAAUCUCUUGAAGAUGAAGAUAUUUAUGAACCUUUUAUGAGAUUGUUAGGGAAAGGUAGCUGGUUCAUUCAAGAGAAGAGCUCUAAGAUACUUACUUUGGUAGUGAGUGCUAGGUCAAACAAAAAUGGUUCGAUUGCAAACGGAGAAGGCUCAAAGAAGAAGGGCACCUCAAGUGAUGAUGUUUUGAAAGGAUUAGUGGAUUGGCUUUGUACUCAGCUGAAAAAGCCCUCUCAUCCAAACCGUAGCAUUCCAUCUGCCAUCAACUGCCUAGCAACUUUGUUAAAGGAACCUGUUGUUAGGUCUGCAUUUGUUCAAGCUGAUGGGGUAAAGCUCCUUGUGCCACUAAUUUCUCCCGCAUCCACUCAGCAGUCAAUUCAGCUUCUGUAUGAAACAUGCCUCUGCGUUUGGCUCUUAUCCUACUACGAACCCGCAAUCGAGUACUUAGCUACAUCUAGAGCCCUACCGCGGUUAUUGGAGGUUGUCAAAGGUUCAACAAAGGAGAAGGUUGUGAGGUUGAUCGUGUUGACUUUCAAAAACUUGCUUGCAAAAGGAACGUUUGGAGCUCAGAUGGUUGAUAUUGGACUUCCUCAAGUUGUUCAAAGUUUGAAAGCGCAGGCCUGGAGUGACGAGGAUCUCUUGGAUGCGUUAAAUCAUCUGGACGAGGGGCUGAAAGACAAUAUCAAGAAACUGAGCUCUUUUGACAAGUACAAGCAGGAAGUCCUUCUUGGGCAUCUUGAUUGGUCUCCAAUGCAUAAAGAUCCUAAUUUCUGGCGAGAGAAUAUUACAAGGUUUGAAGAGAAUGAUUUCCAGACUUUACGGGUCCUGCUCACAAUACUGGAAACAUCAAGCGACCCAAGGGCGUUAGCCGUUGCUUGCUUUGAUCUGUCCCAGUUUAUCCAGUACCAUCCUGCAGGCCGCGUCAUAGUCACCGACCUCAAAGCAAAAGAGCGCGUGAUGAAAUUGAUGAACCACGAGAACGCCGAGGUCACCAAAAACGCCUUACUCUGCAUCCAAAGGCUUUUCCUCGGUGCCAAGUACGCAAGCUUCUUGCAGGUUUAAUCAUGGAUUCAUGAGUCCUUUUAAGUUUACCGGUUUCCUUUUUGAAUAAAAUUUAUGUCUGUAUUUUUAUGUUGUUUAUGAAAUAAAAAAGUUGAGGGCUUUUAGUAUUUUAUUAUUGUUAUUAUUGUAAAUUAAAUUUCAUCUAUGUAUUUAGUUUGAUGUUGGGUGAUGCAUCAUAUCUGCCAGAUUUGACUGGUUUUGUUGUAUGUUUUGUUUGCUUAUUGAUUUGUUUUUUGCUUU